ACAAUUCUCAAGAAUUCUCAUUUAUAAUUUACAAUUCAAACUUAACGGUAGACAUAGAAAUUCUCAUCACACAAAGCCUUAACUAUGAGUAUUUAUAAUGAGGAUGAACUGGUAGCUCCUGCAUGGAUAAACAAAGAGUUUUUGGAAAAAGUUUUAUCCGAAUACGAGCACGAUGAAGAUAUUGAGAUCAUUGAAUUUGAUAUGAGUCCUGCCAGUUUAAAAGGUGAUCAUUAUGCCAGUAUUAUGUUUAGAUGCAAAUUGUCGUAUAAAUUUGGCAAGACAUCUAGUGUUAUGAAAAAAUCCAUGAUUAUAAAAACUUUGCCUGUGGAGGAGAAUAUGAAGAGAGAAAUGCUGAUGCAAUCUAAAUUAUUUGAAACUGAAAUUGAUAUGUAUAGCAAAACAUUGCCAAAAAUUGAGAAAAUAUUAGCAGAAUGUGGAGAGCCAACGAAAUUUUCAGCCGAACUCAUUUAUCACUCUCUCGUGCCCCACAAAGUCAUCAUACUCGAAGAUCUGUGUGAAGCUGGUUACGAUACAGUGCGCGGUCGUUAUCUUAACGAAGAUGAAAUCAAAGCUGUUUAUCGUAAAAUCGCCAAAUUACAUGCGGUUAGCUAUAUGUUGGGCCAUAGUGAACAGCACGAAGAGGUCACUAAAUAUCAAGAUGGUAUAUUUAGCAAUUCAAUGGCUAUGGAACAUGAUUUGAUGGCAAAUGGUAUAAAUCAUUUUAUUGCUAUGUUAUCGAAGCAUGAGGAAUUCAAAUUGUAUUAUGAAAAGGUUAAAGCUAUGAAGCCCAAAAUGGCCAAAGCUUGCAAAGAUUUAUAUACUGCCUACAAAAUUAAUAAUAAUAACAACAAGGGAGAUAUAUUUGUUUUGAAUCAUGGUGAUUUUCAUAUGAAGAAUCUAAUGUUUAAAUUUAGCAAGAAAAAUCGCAUGGAAGAUUUGAUAAUGGUAGACUAUCAAAUAAGUUGUUAUGCCCCCUCCAAUAUCGAUGUGAUAUAUUCCCAAUAUAUGAUGUUAAGUUCAGAAUUGCGUUUGAAAAGACAUGAACUGAGUCAGUAUUAUUUUGAAGAGUUUUUAAAAAUGUUAAAGAAAAUUAAGUAUCAGGGGGAAUUGCCAUUAUUUUCGGACUUUCAAAUCGCUGGUAUUAAAUAUAGACAUUUUGCCAUUUUCCUAUUGUCUACAUUUUUGCCCAUGGUUGUGGGUAUUUUGGGAAGAUCCAUGGAUGAGUUGAAGGAAACGGAUACGAAUAAAUAUUUCGAAAAUCCUGAAAUGAUGGCCAUGGUUUAUUUUACUCCAGCGUUUGUAGAUGAAGUUCGUGAAUUUAUGCCAAUUUUAUUACAAGAAGGUUAUUUAGAUUAGUUUGUUAAAUAUUAUUUUAAUAAAGUUGAUUUGUAAUAACAAUUAUUUAUAAGAAAAAAAUAGGAAAAAUUAAUUAUCUUAAUAAAGU